GUUCCAGGCUCUUACAAAUCCCCUCCAGCAAUUUUGGAAAAGUAUCUACCACCAUUGAAUCUCACGUCUCUUACCUCUCUCGGCCCUUUUCGUCUUCUGAAUAGCUUCAUUUCCUUCUCAAAGAAGCAGACAUUCGACAAGAUAUCGUCGUUCAUUGGGUCAUCCCUUUUCAUCAGUAAAAAAUUUCCUUCAUCCUCCACUCCCAUAUCAUUCGCAUACCACACCUAUACAAAGCACACCUACUCAUGGCUCCCAGCGGAGCUUCCGACAGCUUGUAUCCUCUUGGACUGUCUACGGAAGAAUCUGAGCAACUAGUUUCCACUAUCAAGGACUGGUCUAUUGCUCAUGGCCUGGCAGUUCGGCCGCCCCCAACGCUGGUCUUAUCUACGGCAGAUCCUCAUGUGGUUUUGGCAACUACAGUGCCUGUGACUCUAUUUCCCAGCCCUUUUCCCAGGACAUGUUUCGAGCAAGCCAAGUCCAUACAAAGAGCCUACAAUCAGUUGUAUGCAGCCAUUGCACAAGACGAGGAUUUCCUUCGUGAUAUUGUUCAAGAGUACGUGCUCUCACCGAGCCUUUUCCAUUCUUUACUUUUCUCAUUUCCCCACUCUUUUCAACUCCCAUGUACAGAUAAAAGCUAGCCGACUGAUCAUACUAGAAUCCUCCAAGUAGACGAGUUUAUUGCUGAGCUAUGGCAAGUUCAUCUGAAAGUAAAGGAAGAAGGAUAUGUACAGGUAUAUUCACAUUCGAGAUACCGGAGUAAAUCGUUUCUGAUAACAUUUAUAGAGUCUUUCCUUGGGCCUUUUUAGAUCAGACUACAUGGUUCAUCACAGUACCGAAAAUGGACAAUCUGGCAUCAAGCAGGUCGAGUUCAACACCAUUGCGUCCUCCUUUGGCGGCUUGUCAUCACAGACAUCAAAGUUACACAAGUACGCCCGCCUCAAAAACUAUCCCCUUUUCACUUCAUUCAAGCACGUGACCAAUAAGUGCAUGCAGAUACCUCUCCUCCGUGGACUACCCUCUUCUCGGAACCCCCUUAUCUCCUCAAAGUAUAGACCUGCCACCAAAUGAAAGCACAAAAUCAUUGGCAGCUGGGCUUAAAAUAGCGUUCGAUGCCUACAAGAGAGCCGAAGCUAUCCACGAUUGUUGUGUAAUUUUCGUUGUCCAAGAUACCGAAAGAAACAUCUUUGACCAAAGACACCUCGAAUAUGAACUUCAAAAGCAGACUCCCAGUGUUCCCGUAUUUCGAGUUCCAUACUCGAAAAUCCCGAGCCAGACAAGCAUAGCCUCUACGCCUCUUCGACAACUGCUUUACACUCCGCCCCACAAGCCCUCAAAAGUUUUCGAGGUAGCAGUUGUCUAUUUUCGUGCCGGCUAUGGGCCUUCCGAUUACCCCGAUACCUCUGCCUGGCAAGCUCGUCUUCAAAUCGAGAGAUCAAAUGCAGUCAAAUGUCCCAGUAUCCUCACACAGCUCGCAGGAGCCAAGAAGGUUCAACAAGUCCUCGCAACACCAACCGAAUCUUUUAGUCCUUCAAUGCUCUCUCAGUUCAUGAAGACUAGCACUCCGGCAGAGAUAGAAACCCUUCAAGACACCUUUACAGAUAUAUUCCCUUUGGAUGAGUCACCUUCCGGUCUCUCGGCACGAAAGAUUGCUCUUGAUCCCGAACUUUGCAAGUCCUAUGUCCUCAAACCGCAACGCGAAGGGGGUGGUAACAACAUUUAUCGUUCUGCAAUUCCUCCCUUCCUUCAAUCACUUCCAGAAUCUCAUUGGAAGUCUUUUAUUCUUAUGGAAAUCAUCACACCUCCACCUGUUCACAACAUGAUAUUGCGACACGGGGUAAUUGAGAAAGGAGGUGUUAUUUGUGAACUUGGUAUUUAUGGCACUUGCUUGUGGGACCAAGAGAGUAAGGAGAUUCUUCAUAAUGAAGAAGCAGGAUAUCUUUUACGUACCAAGGGCGAUAAGAGUGAAGAAGGUGGUGUCGCUGCUGGAUUUGGGAGUAUGGAUAGUUGCCGGCUCGUCUAAAAACUCGGAAAUACCGUACUUUGGUAGACCAUUUGGGUCGAAUGGCCAAUCUUCAAAUUUAAAUCUACGGUCCUCUUAGGUUCUGAGAAACCCGACCUAGAAUUACAAAGAUAUAGAAUCAAAUUUCAACACGUUCAUGAUUUCCCCACAGAAAGGCUAACAGCUCCAUUUCGCUCCACUUUCCUGACCCUUGAAGCAACUCUGUUUUGAGGCAGCUCAUACCCUACCAGCUCUUAUUUGCU